CUUGACCCCCUUCUCCGUGCUGCAUCUCAUCCCGUUCUCUCCUCUUUCUCUCUCUCUCUCUCUUCAUCAUGGCCUAUCAGCCCGGCCCCAGCUACCGCCCUCAGCUCGACGACCCGCACGCUCAGGCCAUGGCUGGCGUUUCUGGCGGCCAGGUCGGCCGUACCUCCCCCAUGCCUCCCGUUCCCUCAGUCGCCCAGUCCAACAUCGGGCAGCCGGGACAGUUCAAUCAGCCCGGCGGCGAUGUGACCAUGGGCUCGCCGUACCCAAGCAGCCCAAGCACACCGGACCGCGGGCCAGACUACGUCUACUUUGAGCGCCGACCGCAGCAGUUCAGUGAGGACACUCGCGGCAGGGCGACCGCCGCCAAGAUGAAGCUUGAGUUGUACUACAAGGAGGCCGUGGAGAGUGUCGUGGGGCGCAAGGAACGCCGGACAACGCUUGAGAAGCAGCUGGCCACAGACCUCGUCACGCCAGACAGCCUCAAGGCGCGCCAGCUCUUGGCGCUCGGCCGCCGCGAAUCCAACUUUUUGCGCCUGCGGCGUACGCGUAUUGGUCUCGAGGACUUCCGUACCGUGAAGGUGAUUGGCAAGGGUGCCUUCGGCGAAGUGCGUCUUGUGCAGAAGGCGGACACCGGCAAGAUCUACGCCAUGAAGAGUCUGCGCAAGAACGAGAUGUUCAAGAAGGACCAGCUUGCUCACGUCCGCGCCGAGCGCGACGUACUCGCCGAGUCCAACUCGCCAUGGGUGGUCCAGCUCUACUACUCUUUCCAAGACUUGAACAACCUCUACCUCAUCAUGGAGUUCCUUCCUGGCGGCGACUUGAUGACAAUGUUGAUCAAGUACGACACUUUCAGUGAGGACGUGACAAAGUUCUACAUGGCCGAAUGUAUCCUCGCAAUCGAGGCUGUGCACAACCUUGGCUUCAUUCACCGUGACAUCAAGCCCGACAACAUCCUCAUCGACAGCAUGGGACACAUCAAGUUGUCCGACUUUGGCCUGUCGACUGGCUUCCACAAGCAGCACGAUUCGGCUUACUACCAGAAGCUGUUGGGUGGGGGCGACGUCAGCAACCACCGACACUCGGCGGCAGGAGGCGCGGCGCGGAACUCGGUCAUGGUCAACGCCAUCAACCUUACUAUGACGAGCAAGCAGGACAUUGCGACCUGGAAGGCUAACCGCCGUAAGCUCGCAUACUCGACCGUCGGCACACCGGAUUACAUCUCUCCAGAGAUUUUCCUGCAGCAGGGUUACGGCAAGGAGUGCGACUGGUGGUCGCUGGGUGCGAUCAUGUUCGAGUGUCUCGUUGGCUACCCGCCGUUCUGCUCGGAGAACGCACAUGACGUGUACCGCAAGAUCAUCGAUUGGCGCAACCACCUGUACUUCCCUGACGACGUGCACCUGUCGCGCGAAGCCGAGGAUCUGGUGCGACGCAUGCUGUGCGAGGCAGACCGUCGCUUGACGGUCGAGCAGCUGAAGGCUCACCCAUUCUUCUACGGCGUUGACUGGUCGACAAUCCGCAACAUUGACGCACCUUUCGUGCCCCAUUUGCGCUCGAUGACCGACACAAGCUACUUCCCCACCGACGAGCUGGAGCAGGUUCCCGACGUCCCACAGGCGCAGGACAACGGCUCGAGCGCGACCAAGGAUCUUGCAUUCUUGGGUUACACGUUCCGUCGCUACGAAAUGCUCUAGAUUCCCAUGCCGCCCAGCGGCCCACUCAUUCUCUCACAGGUCAUAGGGAUCCGAUCGAUAACUUGUAUGCAUGCGCCAAGCGCAACGUCUCCACGCGA